CCUCAAAGCAUCCACAAUGUCUGCAUCAGUACCCCUGCGGCCUUGCGUUUCAAGAUCAAUUAAGCCAUGGAUAUGCUCUUCAUGCUCUCGCGCCUUCACUCGCCUCCGAAAUCCGCAAUAUGCCGCCGCGCGACGAUAUCUGAAUGCUACGAAAGAGAGUCGCCAGAACGCCACACCGUCGAUGGAUCAGAUGCAUGCGCAGUACAAGGAGAGGAAUAGGACGACAAUGAACUACGUCUUCAGUAUCAUACUCGGCACCGUCGCACUCUCCUACGGCUCGGUACCAAUGUACAAAAUGAUCUGCCAAACCACCGGCUGGGGCGGCCAACCCGUCCGCUCCGCCGCCCACGGCAGCGACUCCACCGUCGACCCCUCGGAGCGCCUCAAACCCGUAGCCCACCACCCGCGCAUCCGCAUAACCUUUAACGGAUCUGUCUCCGAUGUUCUCCCUUGGAAAUUCGUCCCCCAACAACGCGAAGUGCGCGUACUCCCCGGCGAAACCGCGCUGGCCUUCUACACCGCGACCAACAAGUCCUCUGAAGACAUCAUCGGCGUAGCCACAUACUCCGUCACCCCCGGUCAGGUCGCCCCGUAUUUCAGCAAGAUUCAGUGUUUUUGCUUUGAGGAGCAGAGGCUGAAUGCAGGCGAGACGGUUGAUAUGCCGGUGUUUUUUUAUAUUGAUCCCGAGUUUGUGAACGACGUUAACAUGAAGGGGAUUGAGACUGUGACGUUGAGUUACACUUUUUUUAAGGCGAAGUAUGACAAGGAUGGGCAUUUAAGGCCGGUACCGAUGGGAUAAUUGGGGACUGGAGACGGGAGGGAUGCAGAUCUUCACU